AUGUCAGUCGAUUCAUCUUUCCGACGUUUUGCUAUCAUGGCGGCCGCCGUGGGUAGGAUUUGUGGGGCAAGACUUUUCAAAAAAUAUAGCCUACUUGCACCCCAGGUUAGUCAGCUGUCCACGAACACUCAAGGAUGGUCGAAAAACAGAAAAGUGUUGCUGUCUACCUUGGGGAUAGUUGGUGGAGGUGUUGGAGCGCUGCUGUUUGCUCUUGAACAGUCAGUGGAUGCUUCAUCUGGUGAGGCCCACCCUCCACAUUUACCCUGGACUCAUGAGGGCUGGUUCAAAUCACUUGAUCAUGCUAGUGUUCGUCGUGGCUACGAAGUGUACAAACAAGUGUGCAAAGCGUGCCAUUCCCUUCAGUACAUGGCCUUCAGACACCUUGUUGGGUACACCCAUACGGAGGAAGACGCAAAAGCAGAAGCUGCCGACGUUAUGAUUAAAGAUGGUCCAGAUGAAGAAGGCAAUUACUUCGAGAGGCCGGGCAAGUUGUCUGACUACUUCCCAUCGCCUUAUCCCAACGAAAAUGCGGCAAGAGCUGCUAAUAACGGUGCGUAUCCUCCGGAUCUGUCUCUAAUUUGUUCGGGCCGCAAGGGCGGCGAGAACUACCUGUUCGCGCUGCUGACCGGCUACAUGGAGCCACCCGCAGGGGUUGUGCUCCGCGAGGGACAAGGGUACAAUCCUUACUUCCCUGGUGGCGCUAUUUCUAUGGCUCAAGUUCUAUUUGACGAGGCUGCAGAAUACAGCGAUGGCACGCCAGCCACGGCGUCUCAAAUGGCCAAAGACGUGGCCACGUUCCUCCGGUGGUGCUCAGAGCCCGAGCUGGACGAUCGCCGACUUAUGACCAUCAAAGCAAUCGACGACAAAGAACAUACCACGGAGUCUUCUAAGUCCAGUGUGCAAUGUAGUGGUUGUACUUCUCUGGGCCCAGAAACUGUGUAUGUAUCAAAAGACGACGAUGGCACUGUAUUUUGUAGUAGGGAAUCAGUUCCUAAUACUGAUGUCACAGCUUUUUUGCGACAGGCUGCAAUAAGAAGCAUCACUUGUGAGGUAAACUGGAGUAAAGAAGGUGGGAUAGUAUACUUUAGUGAUACACACGGUCAUGUGCUGAGUUUGACAUUUCAAGUAAAAGACACCUGGGCUAGAGGCCUGAAGCGGUGGUUCUCAAUUGUUGUGCUAAUGAAGGAUAAAAUGCUACUUUUAAAUAUUACUCCACUACUUUCUGAUCAUAUGCAGAAAAUAUCAAAGGAGCUGCAAGCUAUGGCCAAUGUUGUUUAUGAUGCAGAACAGAAGGUAUGCUCACAAAGGGCAUUGAGAUUAAGAACCGGAAGAAAUGAUUUUGGGCAGUCCAGAUCUCUAAUACACUUAACUGGAAGUGAAGAUGUGUUUAAAAAUCUACAUUCUCAUUUUACGUGGAUGCUAAAAGCUGGUGCCCAUACAUACUCAGAAACUUUAUAUACCAGUCAAGAUCUUCUUAAGAAACUACAACCACAGGCCCUAAAGAAUUCAAUAUUUGAUCCUAGCACAUGCUCUGUGUCUAGCAAUGAGGAAUGCAUGUCUCUAAGGAGUUUGGAUCAGUUACUAUCUAAAUCAGUAUUUAGAAUACUCUUUUUCUGUACCUUAACUGGAGUAAAUAUAGUAAUAAAAUCAAGUACAAUACAAGCUGAAAAUAUUGUAGAAGGUUUAAAAAGAUUAUUGCCCGUAAAUAAGACUAACUACCCUCUCAUAAGACAAGCUAAUGAUAAAGAGACAAUAUUGCCGGCAACUUGUUUAGUAGAAGAAACUCAAAGCAGUUAUUUUAGCUGUAAAUGGAAGGGCAUAUUACCAGUAAAGUGUCCCACACUGAUGAAUAGAAUAGAAAAUGCUAUGAGCAACGACAAAUUCAAUAGCGAUGUACUCCAUCAGUAUGUCAGAUCGCUUCAAUUGGAAUGGUUAGGGACAGCUAAAGCUGUAAAAGCGGCUGCAGAGUCUUCAGGUCAAAGAUCAGAUGCGGUAAGGAAGUUGAAGCAAGUUUUUGGAGUAGGACAACAUGACGAGCCUCUACUUAGUCACUGGAUGACUGUCUUUUGUGAUUGA